AUGGACUCAGUCCUUGUUCUACAAUCAUGGACUCAGUCCUCGUUCUACAAUCAUGGACUCAGUCCUCGUUCUACAAUCAUGGACUCAUUCCUCGUUCUGCAAUCAUGGACUCAGUCCUCGUUCUACAAUCAUGGACUCAUUCCUCGUUCUGCAAUCAUGGACUCAGUCCUUGUUCUACAAUCAUGGACUCAGUCCUCGUUCUACAAUCAUGGACUCAGUCCUCGUUCUACAAUCAUGGACUCAUUCCUCGUUCUGCAAUCAUGGACUCAGUCCUUGUUCUACAAUCAUGGACUCAGUCCUCGUUCUGCAAUCAUGGACUCAUUCCUCGUUCUGCAAUCAUGGACUCAUUCCUCGUUCUACAAUCAUGGACUCAUUCCUCGUUCUGCAAUCAUGGACUCAGUCCUUGUUCUACAAUCAUGGACUCAGUCCUUGUUCUACAAUCAUGGACUCAGUCCUCGUUCUACAAUCAUGGACUCAGUCCUUGUUCUACAAUCAUGGACUCAGUCCUCGUUCUACAAUCAUGGACUCAUUCCUCGUUCUACAAUCAUGGACUCAGUCCUUGUUCUACAAUCAUGGACUCAGUCCUCGUUCUACAAUCAUGGACUCAUUCCUCGGUCUACAAUCAUGGACUCAUUCCUCGUUCUACAAUCAUGGACUCAUUCCUCGUUCUACAAUCAUGGACUCAGUCCUCGUUCUACAAUCAUGGACUCAGUCCUUGUUCUGCAAUCAUGGACUCAUUCCUGGUUCUACAAUCGUGGACUCAGUCCUCGUUCUACAAUCAUGGACUCAUCUCGUUCUGCAAUCAUGGACUCAGUCUGUUCUACAAUCAUGGACUCAUUCCUCGUUCUACAAUCAUGGACUCAGUCCUUGUUCUGCAAUCAUGGACUCAGUCGUCGUUCUACAAUCAUGGACUCAUUCCUCGUUCUACAAUCAUGGACUCAUUCCUCGUUCUACAAUCAUGGACUCAUUCCUCGUUUUACAAUCAUGGACUCAGUCCUUGUUCUGCAAUCAUGGACUCAGUCGUCGUUCUACAAUCAUGGACUCAUUCCUCGUUCUACAAUCAUGGACUCAGUCGUCGUUCUACAAUCAUGGACUCAUUCCUCGUUCUACAAUCAUGGACUCAGUCCUCGUUCUACAAUCAUGGACUCAGUCCUUGUUCUGCAAUCAUGGACUCAGUCGUCGUUCUACAAUCAUGGACUCAUUCCUCGUUCUACAAUCAUGGACUCAGUCCUUGUUCUGCAAUCAUGGACUCAGUCCUUGUUCUGCAAUCAUGGACUCAUUCCUCGUUCUACAAUCAUGGACUCAUUCCUCGUUCUACAAUCAUGGACUCAGUCCUCGUUCUACAAUCAUGGACUCGUUCCUCGUUCUACAAUCAUGGACUCAUUCCUCGUUCUACAAUCAUGGACUCAGUCGUCGUUCUGCAAUCAUGGACUCAUUCCUCGUUCUACAAUCAUGGACUCAGUCGUCGUUCUACAAUCAUGGACUCAGUCGUCGUUCUACAAUCAUGGACUCAUUCCUCGUUUAACAGCAGCAGCCAAAUUGGUUCAAGGCAUAACAUUUGACAUAUUCAAGGACAAAAUAUCAUGUGAAGAGCAGCGAGAAAUCCUUUUGACGGACUUCUCAACAGUUUAUAUAGAAAAUUUUGCUCGGCAUUUUUCCAUUUCAGCAGAUGUCAAAAACUCACUUUUAGCCGGCCAGUACCAUGAUGAAAUGGCAAAAUUUGUACAGACUUUCAAAUUUGAAAAUGGCGAAACGGGGCGUUUUGUUUAUGGGAAAGUUGCAACUAUCAAACAAGGUAAUAAAAUUGACUUGGCCUACUCUGUGUACACCUUAGAUUUCAAGCUGGCGCCUACUGUCAGAAGGCACAAAUGGAACCAUAAAAAUAGGAAUAAACAUAGCCAUAGGAAUAAACAUAAGAAGAAACACUGGCGAUGCGGGUGUAAAAAUAAACAACGAAACCUGUCCGCAAAAGAGAAAGAUCAUCUAGACAAUUAUUUCACGAUCUUGGCAAUCUCAAAACUUCGUUCAGCAUAUCAUAAAAAUCGUUAA